CCUAACCAAUACUAAAAAGCCAAAUAAUAUCAAAAGCCUUCACACAACACAACACUAGCCACAAACCACAAAACAAAAACAAGUACAUUACAUUCCACAAACAAUCAAUAAAAACCCUCUCUUCUUCUUCUUCUCUCCAAUCUCCUCCACCCAACACAUCUCUCACAACCAAAACCAAAACCAUGUUGGAACAAUCAUUAUCAGCCUCAUCACCAACAUUCUGGGCUGCUCUCUACAGCUGGUUCACUCCCACCAUCUUCUUCCUUCUCCUCCAACUUGUCAUUGCUACCAUUUACAUCACUUCAACCCUUGCCAAUGCCACCCACAAACAACACCAACAACAAGAUCCUAACUUUCCACAAACCCAUCUUCAUAAUCAUCAAAACCAACUCUUUAGAUCUCCUUCUGUUUUACAAAGACUCAAAUCCAUCAACUUUUACUCUUACCCUGCUUAUAGUAGAUCCCAACAUGAACAAGAACAACCUCAACAACAUCAAACCUACGAAAAUGAAACACAAAUCCCACAACUUGCUAGAUCUCCUUCUGUUUUGCAAAGGCUCAAAUCUAUAAACCUUUAUAGUUACUUUCCUUCUCAACCCUUCACUUCAAAACUCGAAAACACCAACGUUUUCACUCAUGAAACUCAACAUGUGGAGGUUAGAAAAACAGAGGGAAAAACAGAGGAAGAAACAGAGGAAGAUGAUGUUUUGGGAUAUAUUAGAGACAACCUAGGAGGAAACAACGAAGAAGAGGGUAAUGUUUCUUUAGAAGAAGUUUUCAUGAAAUUGCAGGGACAAGGUGGUAAUUUUGCAAGGACACAUUCGGAUACUAUGCCGGAUUCAGGGGAGGUUCCGGUGAAGCUUUCGAGGAAGAUGAAGAAAUCCGCGAGCAGUAAAUCGGCUUUUGGGCAUUUCAAGGAAGAUGACAUUGUGGAGAAGCGUAGGCCGGCCACCGUGAAAGAGGCGAAGGUUGUCCCGACAGUGGAUGAGGAUGAGUUGGUUGAUUCUAAGGCUGAUGAUUUUAUCAACAAGUUUAAGCAGCAGUUGAAGUUGCAGAGGAUUGAUUCAAUUAUGAGGUAUAAGGAUAUGGUUAACAAAGGAAGUAGCAAGUAAAUUAAGAUUAAUUAAUAAUCAUGAUUAUGUUAAUGAUAAUAGUUUCAUUAAUGAUUACAUUUUGAGGUUGCUUGUUAGUAUAAUAUAAUUAUUAUUGUUUGUUAAUUUAGCUAAUUUAGGGUUUCAUUGUUCUUGUAAUGUAAAAUUGGUGAUAUUUUGUUCGUAAGUACAACUCAGAUGGUAAAAGAUUGCAACAAUAUUUAAUAUGAUGGGGUGCAUAUUUGAA